CACUUUUCCCCACUGUCUAUCCAAUCUAGAGUCCUCUUCCCCUCUUAUCAGGGUUGCGGAAAGCGUAUCCCAGGACCGCGCUACGGCCCCGCCUCUUCUUGAGGACGGGCACGUGAUGCCGGAAGUGGGUGGGGGUAAGAUGGUGGCGUUUCCGGCAGGCCCCGGCUACUGAAAGCCGGGGCGAGGAGUUGGUCCGGGUCCGGAUUCCUGUCCCGGUCCCGCCGAGGCGGCGACUGCGAUAGGAGGAAGGACGUGUUGGACGCGCUGGCCCACCGCCACUAUACAUUGCAGCCUUAUCUCAACUCAAAAUGAACUAUAUGCCCGGCACCGCCAGCCUCAUCGAGGACAUCGACAAAAAGCACUUGGUCCUGCUUCGAGAUGGAAGGACACUUAUAGGCUUUUUAAGAAGCAUUGAUCAAUUUGCUAACUUAGUGCUACAUCAGACUGUGGAGCGUAUUCAUGUGGGCAAAAAAUACGGUGAUAUUCCUCGAGGGAUUUUUGUGGUCAGAGGAGAAAAUGUGGUCCUACUAGGAGAAAUAGACUUAGAAAAGGAGAGUGACACACCCCUCCAGCAAGUGUCUAUUGAAGAAAUCCUAGAAGAACAGAGGGUGGAACAGCAGACCAAGCUGGAAGCUGAGAAGUUGAAAGUCCAGGCCCUGAAGGAUCGAGGCCUGUCUAUCCCUCGAGCAGAUACUCUUGAUGAGUAUUAAGUCUUCUGCUCAGAGGCUGUAGCUCUUGGGGAGCAGGGGCUGUCACCAAACCAAGUGACACAUUUGACGAGAGACUGCAGAACUUUGAAAAGUCAUUUUUAUUUGGAAUUCUUUCACAUAUGCAACAUGAAGAAACUGUGCGUUUUGUUUCGGUUUUUUUAAUAACAAAAUCAUUUAAAGAAACAGUGGCAUGGACUCCUUUCACACGUCACUGUGGAGCCAGCAACUACUUCUUUAUAUUGCUCUUCUCCCCCCAAAUUAAUGGUUACAGGGAAUAUUCUUCAUUUGCUUGUAAAUAAAAUAUGAAUCUCAAAA